AUGUCUAAACUAAACAUUAUAUGUCUAACAACUAUACUAACAUUGUUUGUAAUUACAACAACAACAAUCAAUGCGGACACCAAUAAUGAUAAUAGUGAUGACGAACUAAAAGUGGCCAAAAAGUUUAAACUACUAAUCAAAAUAUUGUCGGAAAUCCUAAACGAUAAUCAACAACAACCGGCUUUAUUUGGUGGAGGAGUUGUCACAAAAGAUAAAAAACUAAAAAAUGUUUUCAACGGUAUGUAUAGGGGAGCCGAUGCCGGCUUACAAGUUGGUUCAGCUAUGGGUAGGACAGUUAGCGAUGGUGUGACAGGUGUUCUCGGACCACAACUUGGUAAUCUAGCCGGCAAUAUGGUCAAUAUGUUUACCGCACCGGCUGGUGCACUAGUAGGCACUUUUCUAGGUGGGACCGGAGGUCUGGCGGAUACGGCUGGUAAUGUACUGGGUUUGGGUGGCAAUAAUAAUCAACAAGGACAGUUUAGUCAAAAUAAUCAGCAGACUUAUAAUAAUAAUAAUGGUGGUGGAUACAAUGGCGGCUAUAACAAUGGACAGAAUAACAAUGGGCAGAAUAAUAAUGGCCAGAACAACAAUGGCGGCUUUAACAAUGGACAGAAUAACAAUGGCGGCUUUAACAAUGGCCAGAAUAAUAAUGGCCAGAAUAAUAAUGGCCAGAAUAAUAAUGGCCAGAAUAAUAAUGGCCAGAAUAAUAAUGGCCAGAAUAACAAUGGUCGCAAUAACAAUGGCGGCUUUAACAAUGGACAGAAUAACAAUGGCCAGAAUAAUAAUGGCCAGAAUAACAAUGGCCAGAAUAAUAAUGGCCAGAAUAACAAUGGCCAGAAUAGCAAUGGCCGCAAUAACAAUGGCGGCUAUAGCAAUGGCCCCAAUAACAAUGGCGGCAAUCCAAAUUACAAUGGCUAA